UUGGUAUGGGGAAAACCAUCCUCGGAAAACCAGGGGCAUUUCCCUCUGGGAAAAUCAACAACAACGCAGACCUGGUCCAAGUCGUCCACAGGUAACCCAAGCACUCGGUUUGUAUUCUAUGCUAUGUACGCAAGAGGAUUUGUAUUGCGAUGAAAAAAAUAGAAAAUUAAGGAAAGUAGACUAUCUAGUGGACUCACUUUAUUCUUGUGUUUUUGGGAUCUCUCCUGAGUAUUAUGGGCCCAUUUUACUCACUUGUUCCUUUUUCACCACCCAUACAAGACUCUCAACACUAACUUCUCAUAGGGGAAAACUCCUUCCAUUAUCUUUGCCUAAAGGGAGCACAUAGUCCAGACCUGGGCUUCUCUUUGCGCUCGACAUUCUGUCUCGCGUGAAAGGUGAAAGAGCCAGAAUGUCGUGCGCAGAGAGUCUUGGGUAUGGAUUUGGGGUAGGGGGCACCUUUGCUAGAUCCCAGGUUCAAGCGAUCCCGCAAGGAACGCCUGUUAGUAUUAGCAUAUUUACUAGAUUUGUGCACACUCAUCGGUUAAACCAAGCAGAAUAAGUCGAAGAAUGGGGUUUUAUAACGUCGAGAAGACUUUGUUUGUGGUGGCUUCCGUAGGUUCUACUAUUCUUAUAGGAUAUGGUCUUUAUAGAUACAUAAAGAAUCAAAAUGGCCGAAAAUCUGCAAGAAAAGCCGUCGACAAAAUGAUACAGGGGUUGGAUAAACCUUCUGUGUAUAUCAUUGAUCCUGUUGGUCUUCGUGAAAAGCUAUGUAGGAUAUAUGAGGCUGGGCCAGAUAAGUUGCAGAUUGUAACUGAUUUUGAUAAGACUCUUACAAAGUUCAUAAUGAAUGGAACACAGGGAUGCACUGUACAUGGAGUUCUUGAAACAUCAAAAUAUUUCCCAGAAUCCUACAGAGAGAAGUGUCUAGCAUUAAGAAAUCACUACCAUCCUAUUGAAUUAAGUGGUAUAUCUCCUGAAGAGAAAGGGCCAUUGAUGGUUGAAUGGUGGACCAAAGCUCAUGACCUAAUUACUGAACUCAAUCUGAAGAAAGAAGAUCUUCCCAAAAUUCUUAGAGAUGCAAAUAUUGGAUUGAGGGAUGGUGUUGAAUGGCUUUUUGUCAAGACAUAUGAGAAGAAUGUUCCUGUUUUCAUUCUUUCAGGAGGUCUAGGUGACAUCAUAGAAGAGGUUAUUAAGCAACAGAGCCAUUUGUUUGAUAAUGUCACAGUCAUGGCAAACUACAUGAAGUUCAAUGAAGAGGGUGUCAUGGUUGGAUUACAAGAUGAACUCAUUUCAAGCAACAACAAAAGGGAACAAACAAGGAGUCACCCCUACUUUGAGAAACACAAGGAUCGCACCAAUGUUGUUGUCAUGGGUGAUUUAAUCCAGGAUACAGAUGUUGUUGGCAGUCUCAAGGCUCCUGAAAAUGUUCUUACUAUUGGUCUUCUCAACGAGAAGGUGGAUGAGCGACUAAGUGCUUACAAAGAGGCUUUUGAUGUCGUGGUUGUUGAUGAUCAUAGUAUUGAAGUAGUGGAUGAAGUUUUGAUGCAACUUCUUCAUCAACAAUAACCUAAGUUUUGUUUUUCUCAUUAGAAUAUUUCUUAUUUAUUUCUUUUCAUUAUAAUAUGUAAUCAAAUGAUUUUAUUCAAUUUUACCUCAUGAAUUAUCAAUAUGUUACCUUAGCAGUGAGGUAUAUGAAGCUGCACAAGAGCGGUAAACUUACGAUAAGGUUUUUGUAGUUUCCCGUGUUGUACUGAAGAGCUCCGCAUUUGGGCAGUGCCUAAAGCUAUGUUGUAUUUUUCAUAUAAAAUAUAAUAAUAAUGGUUUUCUUUAAAAUAUGUAAUCAAUCGAUUUUAUACAAUUAUACAAUUCGAUAACA